CAGGAAAUGGUAUAGAUUCAAGAAGCCGCUCUGUGCUGUUGAGUCGGACGAACGGGAGAUGGAGUCUAGAACGUUACUGGUGAGAAGGCAGGGCCCUAAGAGUGAUGACACUGACGGCUCUGGUCAAAUCACAACCACACCCCUCUCACCUCUCGCCCGACUGUACAUUUACGCCCUGCACGGGUGUCUCUGUGAGGUGGCGUUCACCGCAGCUUGGGAUUGGUAUUACACCCGUGACCACAGACUCGCAGGCCACACAAGCCUAUGGGCACUUCUUAUUUACAGCUCUGCCAUUUUCGUCAUGGAGAGCCUAAGCGCGAGGCUGAAGCAGAAACACCGCCCCCUACCAGUCAGACUGACUGUUUACACUCUCUUUAUCUAUCUGUGGGAGUUCAGCUGGGGCUUUCUGCUCAGGCUGUUCGGGGCCUGUCCUUGGGACUAUUCAGAAUUCAGGUAUAACUUCAUAGGGCUGGUGACGCUCGAAUAUGCCGCUCCAUGGGCGUUGGCGGCACUUAUAGCUGAAAAACACGUUAUCGGGAACACUUUGAAGAUACGACUAGAUAAGCAGUCAAAAUAAACCUAUACCUCGUUGCACAUCUUUACUGUUUAACAAACAAUACCAAAAUGAUAUGCCUUUGUGCUGGGAUAAAGGGUUACUCCACUCCAAAGUGAAUUUGAUCAUUAAACACUUACUGUACCCCCAUGUCAUUCCAAACCCGUAAAAGCUUUGACUUCGGAAAACACAAUUUAGGAUAUUUUGGAUGCAAACCAAUAGGCUUGAGAUAUGGUGGAAUGAAACAUUACAGAUGGAAUAUUCUAAUGAUGUCUUCCAUACUUUUCUGGACCAUGAGAGUGUUCAUUACUAGGCGGUCAAUGGGACAGUCACAAGCCUCUCGGAUUUCAUCCAAAAUAUCUUAAAUUGAAUUUAAAUGAAGCUUUUACUGGCCUUUUUUGUUCUUCAGAGUUAGACAUUACAACUCGCAAAUGUGAAUUUAUAUCUAAUUUUUAAAGACAGACUCACAGUGAGCUACAAGGUUAUUAAUCAGCGGUGUGUUCUUUUAUCGAAGCCGUCAGUCUUCAUUUAUUCGUUUGUUCAUUUGCAUGUUUUAAUAUUCGUGUUGAACUGCAAAAUUCCUGGCAAAAACUACUUUUAACCAUGAUUCUGCAAAGAAAUAAUUUUCUAACAGAGAACUAAAGAAAGCACAAUAGGCGUUCUGACAUAAUGGUUUCAUAUUUAUCUGUCAUUUUUCAUUUAAUUAUGUAUUUUGCAUUCAUCGUGCGAUUGUGUCUCUUGUGAUGUGAUUCACCUUGUAGCCGACUGCUUUGACUACUUCAGAUGUUUUAAAAAUCCCUAUGGGAAAAACGAAUGGAAAAUUUAUUUUCAAAACCAAGGCUGCAGAAAAAAGCGAACGGCACUGUUGCUUUGUUCUGCAAAAGUGAAGAUAAAACUCGGUCUGAAUGUUAGGAAAACAUUGCACAUAACGAUAACAGAAACACUGUUUAUAUGUUAAUACCUGGGACUGCAGGCAAGAAUGGUUGGCACAAUACCGAGAUUCUGGCUUUGGUAUGAAACCAGCACUUUUUCCUUUUUCCAGUGUUACCUUAGGCAGCAAAUUACCAGCCUUACACAAGUGCUGGAAUAAAACUGUCAGGUCUACAGGUU